AUGUCGUCAGCGCGGCGCAAGCUCCCCAAGGCCUUGCGAGAGGAUGGCGACGGGGGAAAUAGUGAGAGCAGAACCUCCAUGCUAGCCCGGAGCACCUCUAGUGUCAGGCACCAAAGCCUCGGCUCUGAGCUUUUGGAUGACGAGGAGUUCAAGGCGAAGACAUUCCAGGACCUCGGUCUCUGCGAGGAGCUUUGUUCGGCGUGCGCCGAGGCUGGCUGGCAGCACCCGACUCGCAUUCAGGCCUCCGCUAUCACUGUCUUUGCCGAGGGCCGUGACCUCAUUGGUGUGGCGCAGACUGGUAGCGGCAAAACUGGCGCCUAUGCACUGCCCCUGGUGAACUGGCUCCUGACCCAGCGCAAGACGCCGUACCUCUCUGUCCUCGUGAUGGUGCCCACACGCGAGUUGGCGCAGCAGGUGACGGCCCAGUUUGUACUGCUUGGCCGCAGUGUCGGACUGCGUGUGGCGACGCUGGUGGGUGGCGCGGACAUGGUCGAGCAGGCCUGUGAGCUGAGCAAGCGGCCGCAUGUCAUCGUCGGAACUCCUGGCCGGGUAAAGGACCACCUCAGCAACACGAAGGGCUUCAAGCUCGUCAAGCUGCACGCCUUGGUGCUGGAUGAGGCGGACAAGAUGCUCGAUAUGGACUACGAGAAAGAGAUUGACGCCAUUCUGGAGCAGCUGCCGCAGGACCGCCGCACCAUGCUCUUCUCUGCUACGCUGAGUACCAAGAUUGACCGUCUCCAGAAGGCGUCGCUGCUGGACCCGGUGCUGCUGCAGGUGCACCGCAAGAACACCACUGUGGACACACUCAAGCAGUACUACAUCUUUGCCCCGUUUGCGCAGAUGCUAUCCUACCUGCACCUCUUCUUAACGAAGGAGACGGGCAACCACAUCCUCAUUUUCUGUCGAAGCGCGGCUUUGGUGCACAAGAUUACGCUGGCCCUCCGCAUCUUGGGCCACCGCGCGUUGCCUCUGAUGGGUCGCAUGGACCAAAGUAACCGCAACAUCGCGCUCACGAAGUUCAAGGAGGGAAAAGUGAGGAUGCUCAUCUGCACCGAUGUUGCGCAGCGUGGCCUGGACAUACCGCACACGGACGUCGUCGUGAAUUUCUCGCUGCCUGACCACGUCGAGGACUACAUCCACCGCGUCGGGCGCACAGCUCGCGCUGGGGCCGAGGGCAAGGCUGUUAAUCUCAUUAGUCAGUACGACAUUGUACUGCUGCAAAAGAUCGAGCAGCAAACAGGCGUCAAGUGCGUCGAGUACCCCUCCCUCGCGGAGAGCGAGGUGCAGCUGGUGCUCCAGCGUGUUGAGGAUGCAGAGCAGGAGGCCAUCCGCGAAAUCCGCGAGGAUGCCGAGGAGAGGAGCUUGGAGAAGGAGUCGCGGCAGCUGACGACGGCGCGGAAAGGCAAGCGCGACCGCGGCGACGCCGACAUGGGCUACGACGAUGCUAAACACGGUACGAGCGACUUCGCAACGCUGCGCAUGCGCCGCGAACACGAGUCCAUCUUCGAGAUGACGAAAAAGGAACAGCACAAGUCUCUGUGGGCGAAGCGGCGGGAGGCAAAGCAGCAAGCGAAAUCGCGGUAG